UUAUUCGAUAAUUUUCGUGAUAAUGAAAAACUUUAUCCAACACCUCGUCUCGAUCACAAUCCAACUUUUCUGGAGCCUGAUAUCACUUUUAAACAGCGUAUACCAAAGGUCUGAUGAACAGGUAAUAGAAAUGGAGAAACCCAAAGUCGAAGUUCCGGUUAAAAGGAAGCAGAGCAGUAUAAUCGAUUACCGGAAGACAAGGAUAAGUAAAAGCACAUCCAAUCUGCUCUUCAACACCAACAAGAACUCUCUCAUAAACUUAUCUGAUCUGAUAACGCCGGUCGAGGAGGAAAUGCUAAGAUGUCUGUGCGCCAAAGGGUACACGGAAAGACAGAAAAUCCAGAAGUUUCAGACGAAGAGCGAGUCCUGCAUCUCCAGGGACACUUUCACGAAUAUCUGGAUCGACUCCUGCUGUUCCGUCUAGCAGAGAGAACGAGCGAAAUACGAACAUGCUUGCAUGACAUUAGACUGUGACUGUAAAUAACAAAUUGUAGAAUGAUAUUUGUACAAAAGAAUAUUUAUUAUGCGACCAAAAAAAAUUAUAUAUUUAUA